AUGCGACGGCUUCCUCCCUUCCCACCCCCUGGCUGGGCAGAGCGGCGGCUGCGCGGCGGCCCCAGUCUGGAAGAGCUGGCUUGCCGGCGCCGAGCCCUGGUUGCUUCUCCGGCCGCGGAGGCCUUGGCCGGAACCUGCCCUGCAGUGCAACCGGGCUGGGAGCCUCCAGGUCUGUCGCCUUCCCGGCCUUUCUGGGCUCCUCGGGGCUGCUGCUCUGAUCCCUCUAACGCCGCCUCCGUCGGUCCCCGUCGCUCUCCUUCCUGCCUUCUGGCUCUGCGGCCCCACCGCUUGCAAGUUGCAUCUCUCUCCCGAAUCCAUUCGCCUCCCCCGGCUGCUUUUGCUCGCCCCGCCGCUUCGCCCCCUCCUCUCUCAUCCUUCUUCCAGCCCGUCGGCAGGCAGGAAACAAAGCAGACAAAUGUGGGGCUGGUGGAACCUUCCAAGACUGCAGAUCUUAUUCCUGCAUCUGUUAGGAGAGUCCCCUUCGCCCUAAAACCAAAAAUCGAGGCUGAGCUGGACCGCCUAGUAGCACAAGGGGUCCUAGAGCCGGUCGAUUACGCCAUGUGGGAAACCCCCAUAGUGACUCCGGUCAAACUGAAUGGGGACGUGAGGAUUUGUGCCGACUACAAGUGCACAAUCAACAAGGCGCUCCAGGUUAAUCCCUACCCAGUGCCGGUUGUCAGCCACGUCCUGGCCGCCCUUGCGGGGUCCAAAAUUUUCGGGAAGCUGGACUUGGCACAAGCCUACCAGCAGCUUCCGGUGGACACCAAAACGGCCGAGGCACAGACGAUUGUGACCCAUAGGGGGGCGUUCAAGGUGAACCGGCUACAGUUUGGGGUCAGCGUAGCUCCGGGGAUCUUCCAGAGUAUAAUGGACGCUCUCCUCAAAGGGAUCCCAGGAGUCCAGCCCUUUUUCGACGACAUUUUAAUCGCCGCCCCGAACCCUGAGGAGUUCAGCAACCGUCUCAGGGAGGUGCUCCGUCGUUUCCAAACCGCUGGACUUAAGGUGAAGAGGGAGAAGUGUUUGCUGGGGGUACCGCGGGUGGAGUUCCUAGGAUUCGCCGUGGACGCAGAGGGAAUCCACCCGACCGAGGAGAAAACCAGGGCCAUCGUACAAGCCCCGGCCCCCACGUGUAAAGCGGAGCUACAGAGCUUCCUGGGGGUGCUCAACUUUUAUCACACGUUCAUACCCCACAAAGCGGCCAUCGCGGAACCCCUACACUGGUUACUGGACAAAAAAGCUCCUUGGGUGUGGGGGAAGAAGCAAGCCGCUGCGUUCCAGGCAGUGAAGGACGUCCUGGUCUCUAACGCGGUGCUUCACCACUUCGACGAGCGCCUUCCGGUCAUUCUGACAUGCGAUGCAUCGCCGUACGGGGUGGGCGCUGUUCUGGGGCACCAACUAUCGGACGGCCGGGAGGUACCGGUCGCCUACUAUUCCCGCACCUUAACGUCAGCGGAGCGUAAUUACGCUCAAAUAGACAAGGAAGCCCUGGCGAUCGUAGCAGGGGUUCACAAAUUUAACGAUUAUUUGUACGGUCGCAAGUUCACGAUAGCGACCGACCACAAGCCUCUCUUGUACAAAAUGAGGCGGAAGGAACUCGCGGCCCACAAGGGGUGCCUGCUAUGGGGGAGCCGGGUGGUGGUUCCCCCUCCCCUUCAGAAAAGGGUCCUUGCAUCACUACAUGAAACGCACCCGGGCAUUGUGAGGAUGAAGGCCCUAGCCAGGAGCUAUGUGUGGUGGCCGGGGAUGGACGGAGAAAUAGAGGACUGGGUCCGGAGAUGCAGUGCGUGCCAGGAAUCGCGGCCGGACCCACCCAGCGCCCCGGCCACAAGGUGGGAAACCACAAGGAAACCCUGGUCCAGGCUCCACAUAGACUUCGCGGGGCCGUUCCAGGGGCAGAUAUUCCUUAUAAUCGUGGACGCCUACACAAAAUGGUUAGAGGUCCUCCCUGUAGCAUCCACCUCCUCAGCAGCCGCCAUCCGAGCCCUGCGCCGGGUCCUGUGCACCCACGGCAUCCCAGACACCCUGGUCUCGGACAACGGGGCCGCCUUCACCUCGGGAGAGUUCCAGGCCUUCCUACAGAGGUACCUCAUAAGGCACAUCAGGUCGGCCCCCUUUCACCCCGCCACCAACGGCCAAGCCGAGCGGAUGGUCCGCACCACCAAAGAGGCCCUGGGCAGGAUCGUGCAGGGCGACUGGGAUCACAGGCUGGCCGCAUUCCUAUUCGACAACAGGGUCAUCCCAAACCCUGUCACUGGGAUCAGUCCAGCAGAGCUCCUCAUGGGGCGCAAGCUCACCACAAGGCUAGACAGACUACACAUUCUCCUUCUCCUGCCGAGCUCCGCCGGCUCCCUGCCCCUUGACUCCUGGAGCCACUGCUUCUGCCAGCAGAUCUCUGCCCACUCGAUCACCAGGCAGGGGCAUGAAGGGGUGGAGGCGCCCUACAGACUGAGGCUGGCAGACAAGGGGACAGAGGACUGGUCGAUACCUGACCUGGCGACAGACAUGGUCAGAGGCGAAGGCAACAGCAGCAGCGCAUGUGCUCUCACCAUAACUGCAGUGCUGCUGUUUGCGUGGGCAAAGAGAAUGAUGGGGGUGGGAGCAGCGCAUAGCUUCAGGCCUCCAGUUGAUGACAUCAUCAUCUGGCACUGGAUAACACAGAUGAUGCUGGGAAAGAGCAAGCCUCAGAAGCUAUUGAGCCAGCUGGCCAAGCAUGGAGGUGACCAGCAGAAUCCAAACUGUGAUGGCAUGGACAGAGCAAGGGUGGCACCCAACGAAGAAAGAUCCUGGGAGCAGCCAGCCAGGGAGGGCAUGAUGGAAGUCAUCCUAGUGAAAGGAUCUCUCCACCUCUACAGGCGGCAGGCACUUUCGGGCCCUCAGUUUGCAGCAAUGGUGACAGGGCGCUCAGGCGGGACAUAG